AUGGCGAAAGCGGGCUGGACCAGGUUCAAGUUCAAGCUCGGGAACGGAGGAGGGGAAGUGAGGAUGGGAAGGGCGAAGACGGAGACGAAGACGAAGACGAAGGCGCUUGUUGGUUUCGUUGUUGACACGACCAACCCCCAAAGUGAUGAGUAUGAAGUGUACGAGCAUGGCCCGCAUCUAGGAGCUGCUGCUGGGUUGCUGCUUGGCUCUGCUUGGAGCUUGCUACUUUCACUCGCUGCGGCGCCGUGCUUGGGGGCAAUUCAAGUUGGGUUGGGUCUUGCUUCCAAGGGUCUUGGUUUAAUUCGAGAUGGACGGACCUCUUUGGACGGGAAAUGGCAGUGUCAACCAGAAGCCCGCUUUUGUCUAGCAAGUGCAAGUCCCAAUGGGACAGAACAGCACUCGAACAGCUCGAGCACCAACAAAGUGCGCCAAGACAAGACAAAGACGAGAGACGAGACGAGACAAGACGAGACGACCCAGCUGGAGAAUAUCAACACUGGCAGCCUCGAUAGCUACCGAUGCUCAAAUACUCUCGCUCGAGGUUAUGAUGAUAUAGUUAUGGCAGAAGGGGGGUGA